AUGGGCCUACAGCUGGAGAAGUUCAUAUACCAUCAACAUCAUCGUGUUGAUGUUGGUGUCUCGAUGAGCUCAUCGUCAUCGGCAGAACUGGAAGGUUUUGAUGACACUGAGCGGCUCGGAUUCCGCAUACCGACGAUGAGCCUUUCCAUCCCGACAUAUCCCCCAGACCAGAUGCUUACAGAUCCCGUCAUCAUCUCUGCACCAACUCACCUGUUAGGCUGUUCGUCGCCGACCAUAGACACUAUCAAGAGGUCACACAUCAGUCAGCACCCGUUGGCAUCCGCUUGUCCCCAAGUACUGUACCGCAGGGUCGUUAUCAUUCUCAAGAUCAUCCUUCAUCGUCCUGCGCCAUCUUGUACACGUAUUUGCGUCUACUAG